GAGAGGAGGAGGAGAGAGGGAGAGAGGAGGAGGGUGACGGGGGCAGUGACUGAAACCUGUCUCUGUGAGAGGAAAGAGAGUGCUGCUCUGAGCUUUCCUCACAUUUUCAACAGGCUGCGUGGGGGCCAGGAUCUAAGAGACGAGGGAGCCCUGGGAGUGUGUGUUUGUGUGUGUAGGUCAGAGAGUGUGUGUGCCUUCCCGUCUGAGGGAGAAAAGAGGAGUACAGAGAUCUGUCAUAUAGAAACCUCAUCACUGGCCGUUGGGCUCAGGACUGGAAGAGACAGAGAGGUUCUGUCAUUCUGUUGGAAGAAGAGGAGCUACACUUGUGAUAUUUUUAUUCUGAUAAAGAGGGCCAGAAGAGGAGAAAGGAGACAUGUCACAUGCUAUCCUGAGAAGAAACUCCAGUAAGCAAGGUUUGCAGAACCUCUUGAAAAUAACCGCCCAGAGGAGCGUCGAGGAUGCAGAGGAGGUGGAGCGAGAGCGUCGGCGGAGGGCCCGGGAGUCCUUCCGCAGUAUGGGCAGCAGCAGCACCUCGGGCCCCGGAGGCCCCUCACUGGACAAUGGGGCCCUGGCGGAGGAUGGCCUAUAUGAGAGUGAUCUGAAGCCCAGCAGCAACUCUCCCUCUAUGGAGGAGGACGAGGGCUUCAGUGACUGGACACAGCGGCUGGAGAGACGCAGGCAGCAGGCCCAACGUAUGGAGGAGCUCAGUCAGGCCACAGAGGAGCAGGACCAGAGGCCCCUGAAUGGUGCCGCAAAGCCCCCCACACCAUAUACCCUCUCUGUCUCAGCCACCCCCACCUCAUCCACCCCCACCACAUCCACCCCCACCACAUCCACCUCUCGCCUGCAGAGAUGGCACAAGGCAGAAGCGGAGGAUGAAGAGGAGAAGAGGUGGGAAAGAAAGGAAAGUGAGAGGAAAGGGAGGGAGCAAGAGGAGGAGGUGGUUAGAGAAGAGAGGGAGAGAGACAAGGAGGCAGAGAAACAGAGGCAGGAGCAGAUGAGAGUGCUGAAGAAGAGACAGGAGGACCAAAGACCAGAUGCUGAGAAGGAGGUGAAAGAGAAGAGAAAAGAGGUGAAGGUCUCGUACACAUCCAAAGUCGUUCUGCAUACAGAGACAAAGCCUGGCAACGCCAACGGAGACGCAGCUGGGGAGAAAGUGACAUCAUACAUUGCCAAAACCAAAUUAAGGGCUCCCAGGGCUGUGGUACAAGUGGCAGCGGCAGAGGCUGAGGAGGAGGCCAUCUUGGAGACAGAGGCCAAGCUGGAGAAGAUCCGACGGAGCCACGCGGAGAAGGAGAACCAGGAGCUUGAGCAGCUCAGAUACAAGCAGGUUGAGGCCGAGCAGGAGCUGGAGGCGCUGAAGAGCAGGAGGGAGGAGAGACGCCAGGUCAGGAAGGAGGAGGAGCGCAGGAGCAGGGAGGAGGAGCAACAGCGUCUAGCCAAGGAGGAGGAGGAGAAGAGGAGGAUGAAGGAGGACAUAGAGAGGAGGAGGAUGGAGGCAGCAGAGAGGAUGAAGAGCCUCAGUACCUCCAGCGUGGACGGAGAUGAGAUGUUUAGCCCGCUCAGUCCCAAAGGCUCCAUCUACAAGAUCACAGAGAGAACGGAAUCCUUGAACCGAUCCCUAAAGAAAAGCAACAGCUUCAAGAAGACACAGCCCCCUGUUCUCCUCACCAAGAUCGAUGACAGGCUGGAGCAAUACACCACCGCCAUCGAGUACUCCCAGGAGGUCAAGGCAGCCAAACAGGGCCUGAUGGACAUUCCCAUGUCGCCUGAGGCAGUGUCCUCCAAGAAGAAUUUGUUUGAGGCUGGAGAGGCCUGGAACCAGUGCCCGACCAAAGGCACACCAACCAAGGAUGCUGAGAGUCUGAAGGUGGGCGUGGCGGACAUGAUCACCCAGUGGGUGAAGGGGAACCCAGAUGGCACCAGCAGCAGUUCCCCAUCAAGACCAGCUGAUGUAAAAGCUGGUGACGUGAUGCAGAAAAAGAACAUGUGGGAGAUCAUUGGAGAAACAUCCCCUGGGAGUUCAGGAGCAGGAGCAAAGGGCAAUCCAUCUGGUAAAAAGUACAAAUUUGUGAUGACUGCUCAUGGCAAAUAUGAGAAAAUUCCUGUUGAUGAUGAAAAUAUGGAUGGAUACACCAAUGGAAAAGCAGACCUAUGCCAUGGUGAAUAUUGAAAUACAAAUGUUGGUGGCAAAGACUUUCUAUUCAAGAUGGUAUGGACUUCAACAACUUCGGUCACCUUGUCAGCAAACCCUGUGGUGAUAUCCUGCAGUAGCACUUGUUAUGAAAACAAUAUAAUUCACAGUUUAUACCUUUCCUACCACCUUCAGUAGGUAACUUUUGAGAACUUCUUAAAUGGUUAGUUGUUGCUUUGUUUUGUUCUAUGUACUCACUUUGAACAAAGCAAUGAGAACUCCCCAAUUCAAUUUAAUCUUCAGACAUAUAUUUGCUUACUUGUCAAAAGUAUCUUUCACAUAUGUUUAUGUAUAUAUGAAUAUGUUUUUUUACUUACUUUUACUUUAUAUAUUUUUUCAUUUUAUGCCAUUGAAAAGUUUUAGGUGAAUGCAUUUACAUGUACUGUACAUGUAUGUUGGAAAUUAUGCAGAAAGUAACAUAAAACCAAAACCUAAGCUUGGAAUUUGAAAUGGUAACUCUUGUAAAAUG